AUGAUUGAUGCUCUAACCUCGAUUGAGUGGGCUUGCAAAGAGCUCUAUACCACCAGCGAUCCGGCCGUCCGUAUGCAGGCGGAGAAGACUUGUACUGGCAUCUGCGAGCGCCCUGAUUGCAUAGCCACGUGCAAGAGCCUUCUGGAGCGUGGUGACUCCUGCUAUUCCCAGUUUAUUGCCGCCUCUACCCUCACAAAGUACAUUUGCAACCGCGAUACUGUAGUGCACGUCAAUUUGCGUCUUCAGUUGCGCAACUUUGCCCUGAAUUACCUUGCCACUCGACCAGGUCUUGAGUCGAUUGUCCAGCAAGCUCUUAUCGCACUCAUAUGUCGUCUCACAAAAAUUGGUUGGUUUGAUUCAGCUGAGAAUGGGCCUGAGUAUCCUUUUCGGGACAUCUUUGAAUCCGUGAAGAGCUUCAUCCAGUCGGGACAAAUCAGUGCCAUCUUGGUUGGUGUCAAGUUAUUAUCGAGCCUUGUCACUGAAAUAUGCCAAUCGACGGAGACGGAUUUAGCUCGCGCUACGUUUUUCGUGCGGAAACUCCUGGUGUCGUUUAGAGACCUCGUCCUCUUCCCCAUCUUUCAACUGGGCCUCGAUCUUCUCCGACAGACUGAUGUUAAUUUGAAGUCUCUAACAGUCAACGACCAGGAUCAACUGCAAGUGAUUCAGCACACUCUGGCGCUUGUUCUGGCCUGCCUGAAUUACGACUUUGUGGGUACAGCCAUCGGUUGCGCAGGUGACAACGGUAGUGGAAGUCCCUUCACCUCAGACGACAUGGCCUCCGUACAACUACCCGCCGCGUGGCGACCGAUCUUCCUCGACACCAACAAUGUGGAUCUCUUUUUCCGCCUCUUUGCCGGUCUUCCUCAAUCUCCGGCUUCGCCUAAUCUCCGUACUCUGGUGAGUGAUUUCCCUGCUUAUGAUUCGUCACGGCCGCUAUCCUGCCUAGUUCAAAUAACUAGCAUUCGGAGGACCCUCUUCACCAACGACGAGCGGCAGAACUUUCUCAACCCUCUAAUGGUUGGCUGUCUGGAGGUACUGCGUCGACGAGACAGCCUUCUCUGCGAUCCCACCGUCUACCAUGAGUUUUGUCGCCUCCUUUCGCGCAUGAAGAUCACCUUCCAGGUGGGUGAGCUCAUGCAGGUCUCCGUAUACCCUGAGUUCAUCAAACUCGUCACUGAUCUCACCACCCACAGUCUCUAUAACUUCUCCGACGAUUCGGAGUUCAACAACUCCAACAGCCUACAUUACCUGCUUGCGCUUUGGCAACGCUUGGUCGCCAGCAUCCCCUACGUGCGCACCUCCCAGCCCUACCUGAUCGACACUUACGCUCCUCAGGUGACGCGGGCCUACAUUGAAUCGCGUCUCGCCGGGGUGCCGCGCUACGUGGAGUCAGGGUCGAAGGUAAAGCCACUGCGCGUGAUCAAGAAGGCUGCGGCAAAUGGUGCUGGUGCCGACAAGGCUGGCGAUCAAUACAGCCCCGAUCUGGUAGUGGGAGCCGGUGACGGUGCCUCCUGUCCCCUAGAUGACACCAUGACUCUCACGCAGCAGCUUGAUCAGUUUUCAAUCAUUGGCCGCUGCGACUACGCCAACACGUGUGAGUUGAUCGUGCGUCUGUUCGACCAGUCCUUUGGUCAGUUGCAAUCAACCUUGCAACAGCUGGUCUCCGUGGAUCCAGCCGCUUUCGUCACAUCGACUCUCGCGGCCGCAUCUGAGCAAGCACAAGCCAUUCGGCUGGAAGAUAAUCGUCUUGCGUGGCUCGUUUACAUGAUUGGUGCGUUGAUCAAUGGCCGUUCGACCUCCAGUACUGGAGGUUUGGUGGACUCGGACCAACUAGACGGCGAAUUGAUCGCCCGUGUGCUUCGUCUUCUUCAAUUCGGUGACGCGUGUGUGCGCCUCUUGCUCCAGCUCCUUUCUCAGGACAGUCAAUCGACCAGCAAUGAUGUGGCCAGCAUGUUCAUUCACAUCUCCUCUGGAACUAUCAUCCGUCUUGAGCUGGCUAUAAUUACCUUCCUUGAACGCUUCCGACGCAUCUAUGUGGGGGAGAAUAUCAGUCGAGCCUCGAAGAUGUACCGAGCCCUCUCGGAUUUGGUGGGCAUCUCGGACGAGCAGACGAUAUUGCAAAUCUUUAUUGGGAAAAUCCUUCUCAAUCUUCGCUACUGGAGUGACCAGGAGGUGGUACUCGAGCCAACACUAAAGCUCUUUGGCGAGUUGGCCUCCAGUUUUACGGCCAUGCGAAAACUUCUUCAGUUGGAUGAUGUUAAAUUUAUGCUGGCGAACCACACGUCGGCGAACUUUCGUUUCCUCUCCUCCACCUCUAACCUUGCGCUAUCGCGCUACCGCCCCGAGUUCUACGCCUACCUCUCGCGCCUUAUGCUGGUGACGCUUUCGGGCACUGGAGCUGACGAUAACAGGCCCUUCCUCGACUUUCUCUCACCUCUUACUCAGGUCGCCAAUACCCUCAUCUCCAACCUCCUUCUCUCCGAAAAUUGUUCCAUCUCCCCGGAUGAGGCACGAAGCAGCAUAAUUGGGCUGGCACGAGACCUGGCCGGUGUGGCCUUCAGUCUCAACACUAUGGCAUCAUUCCAGCACUUUCUGGACUGGUUUUAUCCCUCCCUCUUCAGUCUCUUCGGCCGCGCGCUAGAGCUCUGGCCCUUUGAUCCACUCGUUACCUGUCCUGUCCUCAAACUUCUUGCGGAAAUCGUGCACAACCGGAAUGACCGACUCAAAUUUGAUGGCACCAUACCCAUGGGCUAUCUAUUACUCGCGGAGAUGACCAAAAUCCUCAUCAAUUUUAGCACCCAACUGAUACCCUUCUGCAGUCAAAUAACUGAGCAAAAUCUCUACUCACACAAGGUGAAGCCUCUGACACGCUACCUGAACGCCCUACGAAUUACUCUGAGUGGAAAGUAUGCCAACUUUGCGAUUUUUGGCCUUGUUGGUGAUGGCUCCUUCGAAAAGACGGUCAAGUUAAGUGCUGAUGUACUAUUGUGUGUCACUGAGGACGAACUGAGGGGUUUUAUCAAACUCAGCAAAGCCUACUUCGCGCUGCUUGAAUGUCUCACACAAAAUCAUAUGGUUUUGAUAAGUUCACUGGACGCCUCUGUCAUUCGGCGUUUUUUCAACGCCAUCGUGAUAGGUGUCGACUCUCUCGAUGCUUCGGUAGCAUGGAGCGCCUGCGCCUGUCUUGACUACAUCUUAACCCAUAUCUAUAAUGUCACAAAUCCUCAUUCGUCCUCACAAAGCAACAGCACCAACGAUGUCACCACCAAUCAUAUCAGUACCAAUGAUAACGAAAUGCUCAACGGACAAAAGCAACUCAUUGUCACCUUCCUAUCCUCCUUUAUGAACGAGGAGUGCAAAAAUCAGUGGAGCAUUUCUCGACCCCUGUUGGCGUUGAUUCUUCUCAAUCAGGAUUAUUACACAAAUCUGCAGCGGCUUGUCCUAAACGCCGUGAGCCCACAUCAACGUCCGGAAUUAGAAGGCAUCUUCGGAAAACUCAUGGAGAAUGUGGAUAACAACCUCUAUGCGAAAAAUCGUGAUAAAUUCACACAGAACAUAUCAGCCUUCCGGCACGCCCUGAUGGAAUUCAUGAAGACGGUUAGUGUGAAACUCAUGGGGAAUCAGGAGGCAACUGCGGCUAACUACGAGACCAGCGAGACCCUCUCUUUGAUAAAAAAGUGGUCGUCCAUUCUCUCUCUCCCCCUUUUCCUCCUUUUUACGUACAUAAAAAACUGCCAUGUCAACAAGUGGUUCCUUGUGCCAUUGCACCGCACGACAGGUCAUAUGUUCGUCAGACGUCCACAGGAUCGACUUCCACGCUGUAGGCUGAAGACAGACCACCGCGGCUGGAACCGUUACUGGCGUUUACACUUGCAGCCCUCUCUGGAACGUUUGUACUAUCCGGAUGUCCUACUGCUGAGCCUCCUACCACCUUAUUAUACUGUGAGGUACUCUGAUUCUACAAAAUGCUUUAUUAUUAUUAUUAUGCGCGCAUCGUCUAUGUUUCAACUGGGCUGA